AUGGUAAUUUUCUUUAUUCUGAGUUUUUAUGCAAAAGUUUUGGUUAUUGAUGACCUUAAUAUAUCAAAAAGUAUUUCUCCUGUAGCAAGUCGUAAUUUAAUAAAAAGCAUUAAAAAGAAUGUAGCUUCAACUAACGAAGAAGUAGUUCUACUUGAUCAGAAUAAAAAUCCAAAAAUGUCAAGUAAAGACUUAGAAAAAGAUUGUCAGGACAAAAUGAAUUGUAAUGAAGAUAAAGUUGAGAUUGAUUUUCCUGCAAUUGAGCAUGCACAAUUAUCAAAGGAAAUAGAGCGAUAUGAAAAAAGUGUUAAUGAAUUAAAAGAUAUUGUUAACAAAGCCAAAAAUAAUAAACAGAAAAAUACAGAAUCAGAUUAUAGUCCAGAAAACAGUCGAUCAUUUAAUAAUCAAAAUGAUGAACAAAAACAAGAAAGUGAUUUAUUUAACAAUAAUUAUCUAAAAAAUUUAUAUCCGAAAAAAAAUAAUUUUUUUAACACAAUAAAUAACAUCCCUGCAGAUUCAACACGACAAAAGGUGAAGAAAAGUUCACCUUAUGAUGCAUUAGAAAGUUUUAAACCAGAUAUAUUUCCAUCACCUAAGAAUAACCCUUUAAAUAAUAUGAAUGAUAUUAUAAAUUCAUUUAAAAAGGAACUUUCAAAUAUUCCGAAUAGUAAUUUAGCAUUUAAAUCGUUACAAGAAACGAAUCCAUUAUUAAAUGUUCCUUCUAACACAAUACACGAUCCCAUAUUAAGUACACCGCAAGAUUUAAAUAGCACAAGGCCGACAUUUUUUAAUAAUCAGCAAAAUCCCAAUAGUAAAAAUUUUCCUGCUGAUUUCAGUAGUAUAUUUUCAUCAAAUCCUAAUCAACUACAAAAUUUGUUCCCAUUAAGCAAUGAAGAUCCAAAUAAUCUUAAUCUUAUUAGCAACAAUAAUCCUGAAAAUAUUAGUAAAAAUUUCAAUGACACAAGCAAGCCUUUUGAUAAUUUAUCAGAUACUUACCCACCAAUGCCAUACAACUUUAAAAAUACUUUUAAUAAUAAUUCUAGUAAUUUAUCAUUACCAAAUUUUUUACAAAAUUUUAGUGAUCCUGGAAGUACACCAUAUAACAAUGCGCAAUCAAGAUCUUCUUCUUAUGAUAUGCCUUCUAGUAAUAAUACUUCUCCGGUAGAACAACAGAUGGAAAAUAGACUAGCAUAUGCAAAACUUAAAGAACAAAAUAAUUUAAUAAAAGCCAUAGAUAACAGAAAAGAAUACAUUAAAAUGAAAUUACAGGAAAUAAAAGCCAAUAAAGACAAGCUGUCUCUUGAAAUGAAAUCUUACAAAACAAAAGUAAAAAAUAUCUUAAAUCAAAUUAAAAAUAUAAAAAAAGGUAAAGAUGCAUUAAUUAAUCAGAUAAAUACAAAUAAAAAUCAUAUAAAAAAUUUAAAUAAAAACAGUAUGCAAAUUAUUGACAAGAAAGAGCAUGUUAUUUCCUUAAUAAGAAUUACAAAAAAUGAAGUACAAAGAUAUAGAAAUUUAUUGGAGAAUGAAACAAACAAACUUGAAAUGCUUGAAAAACAAUAUGAAGUUUAUGAAGAUACAUUAAAGAAAUAUAGCGAUGAUAUUGACACAGAAGCACAUAAGCUUAACAGGUCGUCGGCCGAAUUAAAUAAAAAUGGUAUUGAUCUAGAAAAUCUUGAAGAACUGUACAAAGAAUAUAAUCAAAAAAAUCAGCAAAUUGAGGAAGAAUUGCGAAGAUAUGAAAAAAUUGCCAUGUGUUUGGAUACAGAAGAAAAAAAGGUAAUGAGAAAUCAGCUUAGUGGAUUAUUUGUCUAA